CCUCAUUCUUCAAAUCGAGGCAGUACCUGUCAAUAUGACGCCACGUUUCUCUUGUCUUACGUGCAAGGACAAGAAGCAAAGUUGUGAUCGCGCCCUACCCAAAUGCUCCCGAUGUUCUAGGCAAGGCUACAAUUGCAGCUACCCGGACAAGAGGAAAACAGCGACAGGCAAACGCAAACAGGUUCGCGAUCUCGAAGCCAAAUUAACGCUGUUGGAAGCUCGAGUCGAUAGAUCUCACUCACAGGCUGGCCAUGCAUCUGGUCGAAACACAAGCCCACAUGCCGGAGACGAAUCGCUACCGCCGCUACCUGAGACUUGCUUAGCAGCAGGUGGUAGAAGCCCUGGGUACCUUGGCAGUCUACAGGACGAUUCCACUAGGGGUGAUGCUCUAACGUCGAAUGAAGCUGCAGCUACUGACGGCAUCGCUGGUGAUCCUCCAGUGACUCCCGAAAUGAUGAAAUUGUAUUUCGAAAAAAUGAACCAUGCAACACCCAUGAUUCAUCGAUCACGCUACGAAACGUGUGUCGAGUCGUCCAGUGCAAACCAGCCGCCCAUGUGCCUGCAGUACAUGGUUUGCGCAACAGGGGCAAGUCAUGGGUCAGCUUGCCAGCCUCUAGCCAUGCCACUCUACCGGCAGGCCAGGGCAUAUGCGGAAGCUGAUGAGAUGGAUGAUGAAGGUCAGCGUUCCUUUGACCUAGCUCAUGUCCAGGCUUGGCUCUUGAUUGCAAACUUCGAGGCGCGCAAAGGUCUUUUCUCACGGGCAGCCGUCAGCCUGGCUCGGAGCAUCCGCAUGGCCCAAAUGCUAAAUCUGCAUCGCGGACGAAGGAAUGACGAGACGGAGACCCUCCCUCCUCGCGGUUUCGGCUCAUCGCGCGACUGGAUUGUACUGGAGGAGUGUCGCAGGACUUGGUGGUGCUUAUAUGUUUCGGAUCGGCUUCUCUUUGCAACUUCGGGCCUGCCUUCAAUCAUUGAUAGUACGCAGGCACAUGCUUCUCUCCCAGCUUCUGAUCAAGCGUUUCAGAGUGGAUGUCCAGAGGAAACAAGUACGCUGCAACGCGUGCUGCAUAGCCCAGAUCGUGCAUGCUCGCUCCUGGCUCUGAGAGUACUAGCAGCAUCUCUUUUCCAUCGUGCCGUCUAUCUUUCCGACUCAAGGAAAACAGAAGAUGGCGACAAUACAAACGAUGAAGCUUACUGGGGCAUCCAUAAAGCUAUUGAGAACGAGCUAAUAUCCUUACAAUCUGCUAUACCUGAAAGCUUCAGGCUACCACACGGCCUCAAAUGUCAGCAGUCUGUUUUCAUACAUGUCUUGAUACAAAUGACCAUACUUUCUCUUUACAAACCAACGAUGCAGAGCGCCCAAGGCGGCAAUAGACGUAACUCAUCAUAUAUCGCCAAUCCAAGCUGCAAGCACGUGGGGAUUGCAGUCCUGCACAUUGUCAACAUGUUCAAAUCGAUGGAGGAUAUUAACACGGCCUUGCAAAAUCCCAUACAGAGCUACGCUGCACAUACAGUCGCCUUGGUCUUGUUAUCUAAUUCGGAUAUUGGCCAAGACGAAGCAUCGAAAGUCGCCAGUGCUAAAUUCCUGCAGCGAUCUUUACGGCAAGCUGGUAAAACUUCACCUAUUGCACUUUCUUUGAGUGAGCAGCUGGAGCUGAAACUCGCUGAGAGAGAUGGUCUGAGUUGA